AUGCUUCGCGGCCAAACGUUACCAUGGAGGACUGCACUCCGGGCCAAUCCUCGCCACAUCUGUAGGGACUGCAGGCGACAGCUUCUACAGAGACAUCCAUUAUCGACCUCCGCGACCUCCCUGAGCCCGUCUAAUUACCUGCCCAUCGCUGCUCAUCAAGGAUUACAAAUACGCCAGUUCACUUCUCAUCCUGCUCGAAGGAAAGACAAGCCGCCGGAAGAUGAUUCGCCGCCUCAAAAAGAAGAAGUUGAGUCAAAGGCAAAAAAAGUAGGGAAUGAGCUAGACGAAGCACCGCGGACGGAAGAUGCUGCUGAAUCCAAGAAAACCCCUACCGAACCGCAGCCUAUACCCCAGUCUGCAAGCGAUGGCAAACCCGUGGCUGCAGGGGGGAGCAGCAGCGACUCUGGCUCAGGGACUGGGCAAACCUCCGGUAGUGGAGGUGAUGGCAGUAGGCGUGGGCGGCGGAGCACACAGAUAUCCAAACCCACCAUUCCAGAGACGUAUCCACAGGUCAUGGCCAUCCCAAUCGCAAAACGCCCUCUUUUCCCAGGCUUCUACAAGGCGAUCACCAUCCGAGACCCCAACGUUGCUGCCGCAAUAACGGAGAUGAUGAGGAGAGGACAACCUUACGUGGGAGCGUUUCUCUUCAAGGAUGACGCUGCCGACAAGGACAUUAUUGAGAAAAUGGAUGACGUUCACGACGUUGGUGUCUUCGCCCAGAUCACGAGUGCGUUUCCGGUGCAUGGGGAUGAACACAGCCUGACUGCGGUUUUAUAUCCUCACCGGAGGAUCCGAAUGACUGCAUUGAUGCCCCCGUCAACGACAGGAGAGGGGGCUUCGGUUGUUGAAGUGCAGUCUGCCAAGGAAGGAAAACCAAAAUCAGACGGCGCCGACAACAAGGGCGAUGUUGUUGCAAGCUUUGAGGAGCCGAACAAGGAGCAGCACGCCCAACUGAGUGUUUACGAACCUACUUCGUUCCUACGCAAAUUCCCGGUUUCAUUAGUCAAUGUGGAGAAUCUGACGGAAAUGCCCUUUGACAAGAAGAGCGGCGAAAUCAAGGCCUUGACAUCAGAGAUUGUGAGUGUGUUUAAAGAAGUCGCCAGCCUUAAUCAACUAUUUCGAGAUCAGAUCUCCGACUUCAGUGUCUCGCAGUCUGCCGGGAAUGUGCUUGAAGAGCCAGCCAAGCUAGCUGAUUUCGCAGCGGCCGUUUCAGCUGGUGAGAUUGGAGAAUUGCAGGACGUCCUCCAAACCAUGGAUGUUGCUCAAAGGCUGCACAAGGCGCUUGUCGUGCUUAAGAAGGAGCUGAUGAACGCACAGUUGCAAUCUAAGAUUUCAAAAGACGUCGAGAGCAAGAUACAAAAGCGUCAGCGAGAAUACUGGCUCAUGGAACAGAUGAAGGGUAUUCGAAGAGAGCUCGGGAUCGAAUCUGAUGGCAAGGACAAAUUAGUGGAGAAGUUCCGGGAAAAGGCCCAAAAGCUGGCCAUGCCUGAAGCCGUAAAAAAAGUCUUUGAGGAGGAACUCAACAAGCUUGCGCAUCUAGAGCCUGCGGCAUCUGAAUUCAAUGUGACGAGGAAUUACCUGGAUUGGAUUACUCAGAUUCCAUGGGGUCAGAGAAGUGCCGAGAAUUUUGGCAUCAAAAAUGCAAUGACUGUCCUCGACGAAGAUCACUACGGCUUAAAAGAUGUCAAGGACAGGAUUCUCGAGUUUAUUGCUGUCGGAAAGCUCCGUGGGACAGUGGAAGGCAAGAUCUUAUGUUUUGUUGGACCUCCCGGCGUGGGAAAGACGUCUAUCGGCAAAUCGAUCGCUCGGGCCCUUAAUCGGCAGUACUAUCGCUUCAGCGUGGGCGGACUGACUGAUGUCGCUGAGAUCAAAGGUCACCGCCGGACCUACGUUGGCGCUUUGCCAGGAAGGAUCAUCCAAGCGCUCAAGAAAUGCCAGACCGAGAACCCUCUGAUCCUCAUUGAUGAGGUGGACAAGAUUGGCCGCGGUCAUCAAGGAGAUCCGGCAUCAGCACUCCUCGAACUUCUCGACCCGGAACAGAAUUCCAGUUUCUUAGAUCACUACAUGGACAUCCCCGUCGAUCUCUCGAAAGUCCUUUUUGUUUGUACAGCCAACAUGACCGACACCAUUCCCCGGCCUCUUCUCGACCGAAUGGAGUUGAUUGAACUCAGUGGUUACGUCGCGGAUGAGAAGAAGGCCAUCGCAGACCGAUACCUCGCUCCACAAGCGAAAGAAAUCUCAGGAUUAAGGGAUGUUGACGUCAAACUGGAUGAGUCCGCGAUAGAGGAGUUAAUUAACAAAUAUUGCCGCGAAUCUGGCGUACGUAACCUCAAAAAGCAAAUUGAAAAGGUCUACCGCAAAUCGGCACUGAAGAUUGUUCAAGAUCUUGGAGAGGAAGCCUUUCCUGAGGCGGAGGCACUGACUGAAGAGGGCAAAGCCGCGCUUGAGGAGAGCAAAAAGGAUGAUUCGGAUGUCAAAGACACCCCGGAAACAAUCGACCAGGAAACAACCGAAAAACCUCGUGUUGCUCUCAAGGUUCCAGACUCUGUUCAUGUUACGAUUACGAAGGACAACUUGAAAGACUAUGUCGGGCCACCCAUCUUCACUGCAGACCGUCUCUACGAGACCACUCCACCUGGCGUAGCAAUGGGUUUGGCUUGGACGAGCAUGGGCGGCGCAGCUCUAUACGUCGAAUCGAUCCUCGAAUCCGCACUUUCUCCUUCCAGUCGACCUGGACUCGAGCGCACGGGAAAUCUCAAACCAGUCAUGAAAGAGUCGACGUCGAUCGCAUACUCUUUUGCCAAGCACGUCAUGGCAACGAGAUUCCUUGAUAAUAAGUUCUUCGACCAUGCAAAGAUCCACCUUCACUGUCCCGAGGGCGCGGUCCAGAAGGAUGGUCCUUCGGCGGGCAUCACGAUGGCAACUUCUCUGCUGAGUCUCGCGAUGGACAAAGAAGUCGAUCCCGCAUUAGCAAUGACAGGCGAGUUGACGGUCACGGGCAAAGUACUCAGGAUAGGCGGACUGAGAGAGAAGACGGUGGCUGCGAGGAGGGCUGGAUGCACAAAGAUCCUGUUUCCGAAGGAUAAUUGGGGGGAUUGGUGUGAGUUACCUGAGAAUAUCAAAGAAGGUAUCGAUGGCCACGCGGUCGAUUGGUAUGAUGAGGUCUUCGACAUUGUCUUUCCCAACGUGACCGUCGAAGAGGUCAAUUCUCGGUGGAAAGAAGCGUUAGAGAGAAAAGGAAAAGACGACAAGGAAAAGGACAAAGAUGGGAGAGACGACGACAAUGACUGA